AUGAUUGUGGAUGAUAGUGAUUGUGGGGAUGAUGAUGAUUGUGGAUGUUUAGAUGAUUGUGGAGAUAGUUUGAUUGUGAAUGAUGAUAUUGUGUAUGGACUGUACUCAGCAUUCAUGGGCUGCUUCAUGUAUGUGAUCUUUGGCAGCUGUAAGGAUAUAACCAUUGGACCCACAGCCAUCAUGGCCCUCAUGACCCUAGAGUAUUCUGGCAGUGGUGGUCCUGUCUAUGCUGUCCUCUUAUGCUUCACUUCUGGCAUUAUUAUUAUCACUGCAGGAUUGUGUAACUUGGGAUUCCUCAUCAACUUCAUCUCUAAGCCAGUCAUCAGCGGAUUUACAUCAGCAGCGGCGAUUACCAUUGCGUCAUCACAGCUUAAGGGCCUCUUUGGCUUGUCGUACUCCAGCGAUGGCAUUAUUGAAACUUACGACAAGUUCUUCCACAACAUUGGCAAGACUAGAUGGCAGGACCUCACCCUAGGACUCUCUUCCAGUGUUGUUUUGUUGAUAAUGAGGAGAGUGAAGGACAUAGCAGCUGUUAGAGUUCGAGCGAGUGACUCUCGCUGGACCCGGGUCUGGAAGAAGGGGGUCUUCCUGGUGUCAGUGGGUCGUAAUGCCAUCGUGGUCUUGGUGGCUCUGGUUGUUGCUUACUGCCAACGGCACGAGCAACCUUUCAUUAUAACUGGUGAGGUUAAGCCGGGCUUGCCGCCAUUCCAUCCACCAGCGUUCUCUGCUGACGUCAAUGGAACAAUGCUGACCUUCGGCGACAUCCUGGCUGACGUUGGUGCUGGUGUGGUCAUCAUUCCCAUCGUAUCCAUCCUGGAGAGUAUAGCUAUCGCCAGCGCUUUCGCCGGUGGUGCCACCAUCGAUGCCACCCAGGAGAUGCUGGCCCUGGGGAUGUGCAACCUGGCUGGGUCAUUCGUACAGUCCAUGCCGGUCACUGGGUCAUUCACAAGAACGGCAGUGAAUGCCACCAGUGGUGUUAAAACACCAGCAGGUGGUAUUGUUACUGGUACCCUGGUGAUACUGGCCCUGGCCUUCCUUACUUCUUAUUUCAAGUACAUACCCAAGGCGUCACUGGCGGCGGUGAUCAUCUGCGCUGUCAUCUUCAUGGUGGAUUACCAGGUGGUGCUGCCCAUCUGGCAGGCCCACCGUCUAGACCAGCUGCCACUCUGGACCACCUUUUUGACCUGCUUGUUCUGGAAGCUGGAGUACGGCAUCCUGGUCGGUGCCGGCGUCAACCUGGCCCUCGUCCUGUAUGGUUCAGCCAGGCCUAAGGUUGUUGUUGACGUCACAGCGAUGCAGGAUGGAGAUGACGAGGCCUAUGUCCUGGUGGAACCACAAAGUGGUUUGUUCUUUCCAUCAGUGGAUUACGUGAGGACAUCCGUCAACAAGGCCGGGUUAACUACCGCCAGCAGUAGAAUGACUGUGGUGGUGGAUUGUGGUCACUUUACUGGUGUUGAUUAUACUGCUGUUAAGGUGAGGUCACUGUAUGUCCCACAUCCAGUACUGCAACAUUCUCACUCAUCCUUCAGAGUACUGGUACUGUACGAGGCCUAUGUCCUGGUGGAAACACAAAGUAGUUUGUUCUUUCCAUCAGUGGAUUACGUGAGGACAUCCGUCAACAAGGCCGGGUUAACUACCGCCAGCAGUAGAAUGACUGUGGUGGUGGAUUGUGGUCACUUUACUGGUGUUGAUUAUACUGCUGUUAAGGUGAGGUCACUGUAUGUCCCACAUCGAGUGCUCUCAUCCUUCAGAGUACUGGUACUGUACGAGGCCUAUGUCCUGGUGGAACCACAAAGUGGUUUGUUCUUUCCAUCAGUGGAUUACGUGAGGACAUCCGUCAACAAGGCCGGGUUAACUACCGCCAGCAGUAGAAUGACUGUGGUGGUGGAUUGUGGUCACUUUACUGGUGUUGAUUAUACUGCUGUUAAGGUGAGGUCACUGUAUGUCCCACAUCCAGUACUGCAACAUUCUCACUCAUCCUUCAGAGUACUGGUACUGUACGAGGCCUAUGUCCUGGUGGAAACACAAAGUAGUUUGUUCUUUCCAUCAGUGGAUUACGUGAGGACAUCCGUCAACAAGGCCGGGUUAACUACCGCCAGCAGUAGAAUGACUGUGGUGGUGGAUUGUGGUCACUUUACUGGUGUUGAUUAUACUGCUGUUAAGGGCAUAAAGAGUUUGUGUAAUGAUUUUGAGAAGAGGCAUCAACCUCUGGUCUUCAUCAAUGUGUCUAAAGGAGUUAGAAAGGGAUUGAUGUCCCUCAAUACAGACAUCAAGAUUGCAGCAUCACAAGAUGAACUUCGCAGCCUCUUGGCUGUUUGUGGUGACAACACAGCUGGACUAAGCAACUCUGGCUGCAGUAACAAGAGCAACAUAAGGGAAGCAUCGCGUUGCGACAUACAAGAUCCCACAUUGACUGACCCCUUGCUUGAGGCCUACCCCGAGCCCAGACCAAGUGAAUGUCACCAGCAGACCUAGGCUUCCUGAUGAUAAUUGUGACAGGUUAUAGUGUAGGCCUUGGCACCUGUGUAUUUUUUGUAAAAUAAAAAUUUGUAGGCCUAUUUUGUAAGGUAAAGGUUAGAAGCCUAUGGUUGUAUCUUCAUAUUUUUGUAAAACAGAAAAUUGUAGGCCUGUUUUGUAAGAAAAUGUAAGAAACUGGAAGGCCUAGGCUUUGGGCCUAAACUAAAUGAAUGUCACCAAGAGACCUAGGCUCCCUGGUUGUAAUUUUGACAGGUUAUAUUGUAGGCCUAGGCACCUGUCUUUGUAUUUUUUGUAAAAUAAUUAUUGUAGGCCUAUUUUGUAAAAUUAAGAUUAGAAGCCCAAAGAUCUGCCUUAGAAGUAUUAUAAAUUAGAAAAUAUAAGCCUAUUUUGCAAGAGGAAGGCCUAGGCUCCUAUUUUUAACAAAGAUAAUUUAUUAAUAUACAUGUACUAAUAUUUAUAUUAUUACAGUAGGGCCGCACUUAUAUGGCGAGUUAGGUUCCAGGAUAUCGCCGGAAAGCAGAACACCAAUUUUUCCAUUUAUAAAUGCAUAUAAAUGCCAGACAACAAGUUUACACAAAAUUAUAUUCAGUUAAUAAUACAACUAGGCAUUAAAAAACACAAAAAGUAAAAUACAUACACAGUACAUUAUCCCAUAUUUGUAAUCUUAAUGUAGAGCGAGAGGUGAGUAGUACUUAUUUGUAGGAAGUCAGGUGUAGGUAGCCCUGGCUCCCCGUCUCAUACUUAAUAUACGAUAUUUAAAACCCAGAGAGGUAAAAUACACAUACAGUACACUCACUAUUUACCUUAAAAUAUGUGUAGUCUUAAUGUAGGAAGAGAGGUGAGUAGUAUUUAUUUGUAGGAAGUCAGUGUAGGUAGCCAGUAGGUGUAGCCUGUCUGGGCUACACCUACUGGCUACCUACACUGUUGCCCAGAGCCAUAUUAUUAGCAUCGGCAUACCUUGUUCACUGAAUUUAAUCGUUUCUAACAACUACCUUUAGAUGCUAUCAGAAACGAAUGGGGAAGUAAUGAAUAAUUCAUGCUGAAAAUUUUAAACAAAAGCGGAGUGAGGGAAUGACUGGGCCAAACACAGAUUCAGAUUCAUAAAUGUUUUCUCUAGUGCCUGACCAGAGAAAACGUAAUGUUGUCCCUCCACCCGGUUACCACACAGGUCCACAAGUAUUAUUAUCAGAGCACAUAUAAAAUAUGCAAUAAAUGCCAGAUAAGUUUACACUAACUUAUAUUAAGUUAGCAAUAGAAAUAGGCAUUAAAAACACAAUAAAAGGUAAGAUACACACAGAGUACACUUAUUACUUACCUUAAAAUAUUAAUAUUAAUGUGUGAGAGGUGAGUGGCAGGGUGUUUAUUGAAUAAAAUCAGAAUGGCACACCAUCAUCCUCUAACUUGACACUUAAAGCAAGAGGCUUACGACUCCUCUUUUUAUCACAGCUAAGCUUAGACGCCAUCGUCAAUGAGAGCCAACUAGUUAACGAAAGAGUAAAUGAGAGAGAGAACAAGAUACAGAGUUCAGACAAUAUAAGAACAUAAACUGAACAGGUAGUGGGUGAUCACUUGGUCAGGCGAAAUAAAUGCAUAUUAAUAUGUGUCUACUUUUAGUUCAUUCACAUACGUUUGUAAGAGUUUGUAAAACUUUACCUCACAAUAUUUUUUUUUAUUAUAAUAAUAAUUACCUCACAAUACAAAUACUCUUACAUUGUGUACAAGUUAGUAUAGAAUAAACAAACAGCAACACUCCCAUUCUCAGGCAACACACCAUUUUUAGAGUGAAUGAAGAUGAUAUUAUUAUUAUCAUAAUAAAAAAGUGCUAAGCCCACAAGGUUCGUGAAUUGGUAUAUAUAGAGUGAAAGCAUACGAAAGGAAUAUUUUUCUACAGUUAUCCCCCAGUGUUUGACUAGAGAAAACGUAAUUCUUCCGACACUACCUACACAGCUGCUUUGUAAACAAAUCUCAUAUUUACGUCAAUUUUUAUUCUGUGAGUGUAUCAUGUUUAUAUGCUAUGUAACAUGUUUCUUAUAUAAUUUUGAGGAAAGUAUCAUAGAUGGAUUAAUGAUAAUGUCUAUAUUAAUGUAUAAUAAGGCAUUUAAUGUGCCCAAGAGUGAUUAUUAUUAUGUAGUAUUGGCGUCAUGAGUAGAGAGACUCUUAUUGAUUUUAAUGUGUGUAAGUAUAUUUAGGUACAGGUACACAUAAGUAUAAUUAUCAGAGUAUAUAUAAAAUACGCAAUAGCUUUAAAACGCUUUAAAUUCUGGAAAGUUUCCAGACGCCGUAUUUGAAAGACCACUUGCCGUAUAGCAAAUUUUGGUCAUAAUUUGACAUUGCCAUAUUAGCAGAAUGCCAUAAGGUGAAACAUCGCAAGGCACGGCCCUACUGUAUAUAUUUUUCUAAGGAAUUUAUAUUACUAAUAUUAUCAUAAAUAUAUAUAAUUAUAAAUGCAUAAGUGUUCGCAAUAAAGCAAACAGAAUCUUUGGCUUCAUAUCAAGAAGUCCUCAGGUUGUUUUUCAACUCUUUAUAUCCUUGGUUAGGCCUCAUUUAGAUUAUGCUGCACAGUUCUGGUCACCAUAUUACAGGAUGGACAUAAAGGCACUGGAAAACAUACAAAGGAGGAUGACAAAGUUGAUCCCAUGUAUCAGAAAUCUUGGUAUAAACCUUGGUAAUAAAUACUGACAAGUUGGUUUAGAAAGACACAUAAGUAAACACUAUGACAUAUUUAUUAGAAAACGUUUCAGUCCUGGGACCUUGAUCACUUCUAACAUACAGAGGUAGAAAGACAUUAUAUAUAUAGGCGGAGAGUGAGGUGUGAGUGAUGCACGGUGACUUGAAGAAUGUCAUGUUGGGAUGAGGACCAUGAGAUCAUGUGGCUCCUGUGUUGGGUUGGUGGUGCUUAGCAGGCUAAGCAGGAAAGCAGACAUCGCCAGAAAGCAGAACGCCAUUUUCUCCACUUAUAAAUGCCAGGUAAAAAGUUUACACUAACAUAAAUUAAGUUAGCAAUAGAACUAGGCAUUAAAAACAAUAAAAAGUAAGAUACAUACACAGUACACCCAUUAUUACCUUAAAAUAUUUGUAGUCUUAAUGUAGGGUGAGAUGUGAGUUUUAUUUGUAUGAAGUCAGGUUGGGAAGUAUGGGUAGCCAGGAAGGGCAGCCCUCCCCGCCCCACCCACCCACACAUAAUGUAAACAAAUCAGGCGAACACAUCUGGUUUUCGUCACUUUACAUUGUGUACAAGUUGUCUCCACGUUGAUACAGUAGAAUAAAUAAAGAGAAACACUCCCAUUCUCAUGUAACACCAUUUUUAGAAGAAAUGACACACAGAGUGAAGGUAUAUGAAAGGAAUAAUUUUCUAGUUACCCCUAGUAAUAUUAUGGUGACACAUUUUCUCUGAUGUUGAACUACAAGGUGCCUGACUACCACAAGUUGCCUGACUACCACAAGUUGCCUGGCUACCACAAGUUGCCUGAGUACCACAAGUCCUACAAGUUGCCUGGCUACCACAAGUCCUACAAGUUUCCUGGCUACCACAAGUCCUACAAGUUUCCUGGCUAUCACAAGUCCUACAAGUUGCCUGGCUACCACAAGUCCUACAAGUUGCCUGGCUACCACAAGUUGCCUGGCUACCACAAGUUGCCUGGCUACCACAAGUCCUACAAGUUGCCUGGCUAUCACAUCUCAUAUUUAUGUUAAUUUAUUCUAGUGUGGGAUGUACAUAUUUAGAUAGAUUAAGCAAAAUGUUUAUAUUAACGUUUUAUACGAUAUUUAAUGCUCCUCAGAGUGAUUAUUAUUGUGUUAUUAUUAUUAUUAUUAUUUUCAAUAUUAAUAUGGCAUCUUCAAGACUAAUAAGACACUCUUAGUGAUUUUAAUGUGUACCUGCAUGCCAGCAGUGUGUGUAAGUUUACUUAGGCACAGGUACACUUACGUAUAAUUAUCAGUUAUAAUAAUAAUGUAGGUAUGUAGUCCACCUGGGGUACAUACCUACACCUACCUACAUAGCUACAAGAUAUUUAAUGUGGCCCAGAGACAUAUUAUUACCAUCGACAUACCAUGUUCACCGAGUUUAAUCGUUUAUAACAACUACCUUUACAAAGGGAGAGGUAAUGAAUAAUUUAUGCUGAGAAUUGUAAACAAAAGCAUUACGUAUUAACCCCUUGAGGGUCCAUGCCGUAGAUCUACGGCUUUACGUUGAGGGUCCAAACCGUAGAUCUAUGUCAUGAGCUCAGCUCACUUUGAUAAGCUGUGAACGGUAAAUUUUGGCCUUGAUAUGAGAGAAUACAUCUAUGUGGUAUGUGUGCAUCACAUAAAACAAAUCCUGCAGCACAUAGUGGAUAAUGAGAGAAAAACAACUGAGACCGUAAUUUUUUAUUAAAACAGCGAAUUUGCAGUGUUUUUUCGUAUGUUUUUUAUAGUUGUAUUUGCGAUUUCUUGGUCUCAUUUGAUAGAAUGGAAGAUAUAUUACAGAAAUAGAGAUGAUUUUGAUUGGUUUUAAUACUGGAAAUGGCAUGAAACUGAGCUCAAAGUAGCGGAAAUGUUAAAUUUUUGCCGAUGUUCAAGAGUAAACAAAUGACCUCACACAUCUAUACGUUCACAAAUGUGGUGAUAUUAUUUAUACAAUUAUUACAAUAUUGCAUAACAGUAAAUCUUCUAUUUUUUGGUUUGAAUAAAAAUUCAUUAUGCGAAUAAAAAAAUCAAAAUGGAAUUCAUUAGUAAAGCCUGAAAACAUAACUAAUGAACAGAGGAAAUGUUAGUUUAGUGCGAGGAAUUCCUGCAUUGUUUAUUCUGGACCAUAUUUUGAAAUUAGAAUAUUUUCAACUUUGCAUUAAAUUAGCCAAAUUACCAAAUUCCGAUCACUUUAUUUUGUAGUUGAAACAGUUGACUUGGCGAAUUCUUGUGCUCAAUCAAUAGAAUAGAAGUAAUACUAGUGAAAUAGCUAAGAAUUUGGUAAACUGGAUUAAUGUAGUUGGCCUAAAAUGGGAGUCAAAAUCCGCAAAAUCGCCAAUGGGUAAAUAUCGCUGACACAUCAAAAUUCGCAAGAGCAUAAUUUCAUCAAUUUUCCAUCAAAUUUCAUACUUUUUGUUUUAUUACCUUCGGAAAAAGAUUCUCUACCAUUUCAUAAGAAAAAAUAACAAAAUUAUUUUUUGAAAAUUCUUGGACCCUGGUGCACCCUUUGAAAUUUGGCCUCUGGACCCUGAAAGGGUUAAAGGGAUUGACGUAAUGUCUUCCCUCCGCCCGGCUACCACCUCUCCAUAGCAUAUAAACAGCAUGUUUAUAUACUAUGUAACGUGUUCCUUAUAUAAUUUUGAAGACAAUAUUACAUAAUAGAGAGAUGUGCUCAUGGAGAUUGUAAACAAACUGGGUGGCCUGUGCCGUAUUUGAAAGAUCACUUGCCAUAUAGAAAGUUUUGGUCAUAAUUUGAGAUCGUCUUAUCAGCAGAAAACCGUAGGGCAAAACACCAAAAAGUGGAUGGGUCUAUGAAGGAUGAGGUGAAUCAUAGAAUUGAUGAGGGGAAAAGGGUGAGUGGUGCACUUAGGAGUCUGUGGAGACAAAGAACUUUGUCCUUGGAGGCAAAGAGGGGAAUGUAUGAGAGUAUAGUUUUACCAACACUCUUAUAUGGGUGUGAAGCAUGGGUGAUGAAUGUUGCAGCGAGGAGAAGGCUGGAGGCAGUGGAGAUGUCAUGUCUGAGGGCAAUGUGUGGUGUGAAUAUAAUGCAGAGAAUUCGUAGUUUGGAAGUUAGGAGGAGGUGCGGGAUUACCAAAACUGUUGUCCAGAGGGCUGAGGAAGGGUUGUUGAGGUGGUUCGGACAUGUAGAGAGAAUGGAGUGAAACAGAAUGACUUCAAGAGUGUAUCAGUCUGUAGUGGAAGGAAGGCGGGGUAGGGGUCGGCCUAGGAAAGGUUGGAGGGAGGGGGUAAGGAGGUUUUGUGUGCGAGGGGCUUCGACUUCCAGCAGGCGUGCGUGAGCGUGUUUGAUAGGAGUGAAUGGAGAUGAAUGGUUUUUAAUACUUGACGUGCUGUUGGAGUGUGAGCAAAGUAACAUUUAUGAAGGGGUUCAGGGAAACCGGCAAGCCGGACUUGAGUCCUGGAGAUGGGAAGUACAGUGCCUGCACUCUGAAGGAGGGGUGUUAAUGUUGCAGUUUAAAAACUGUAGUGUAAAGCACCCUUCUGGCAAGACAGUGAUGGAGUGAAUGAUGGUGAAAGUUUUUCUUUUUCGGGCCACCCUGCCUUGGUGGGAAUCGGCCAGUGUUUACCUGGAGUUUACCUGGAGAGAGUUCCGGGGGUCAACCCCCCGCGGCCCGGUCUGUGACCAGGCCUCCUGGUGGAUCAGAGCCUGAUCAACCAGGCUGUUGCUGCUGGCUGCACGCAAACCAACGUACGAGCCACAGCCCGGCUGAUCCGGAACUGACUUUAGGUGCUUGUCCAGUGCCAGCUUGAAGACUGCCAGGGGUCUGUUGGUAAUCCCCCUUAUGUGUGCUGGGAGGCAGUUCAAAUUCAAAUUCAAAUUCAAAGUUUAUUCUCUAUAAGGAUUACAAUGCUGAGUUUACAGAAAUUUGGUUAUUGUUUGGUUUACAUGUAGUAAAAUUGUGAUUACAGAGUGUACCACUAGAACGCUUAGCAUGGCUAGGCAUUUCGGGCAUACUUAGUUUUAUUCUUAAUUGUAAAAUAUUACAAAUUAUGAGGUAAGUUGGUAUUAUGGCUAAGUGACUAAAUACUAGUUUGUGAGUUUAGCAAUGUGAAUUCUUUUGUUUUGGCACAGUAUAUAGUUUCAGUAUUGGAGUAUCACAGGAUUCAUUAUUUUAAGACUGAGAUUAAUAUUUCUGUUGAACAGUCUCGGGCCCCUGACACUUAUUGUAUGGUCUCUUAACGUGCUAGUGACACCCCUGCUUUUCAUUGGGGGGAUGGUGCAUCGUCUGCCAAGUCUUUUGCUUUCGUAGUGAGUGAUUUUUGUGUGCAAGUUCGGUACUAGUCCCUCUAGGAUUUUUCAGGUGUAUAUAAUCAUGUAUCUCUCCCUCCUGCGUUCCAGGGAAUACAGGUUUAGGAACCUCAAGCGCUCCCAAUAAUUGAGGUGUUUUAUCUCCGUUAUGCGCGCCGUGAAGGUUCUCUGUACAUUUUCUAGGUCAGCAAUUUCACCUGCCUUGAAAGGUGCUGUUAGUGUGCAGCAAUAUUCCAGCCUAGAUUUGAACAAGUGACCUGAAGAGUGUCAUCAUGGGCUUAGCCUCCCUAGUUUUGAAGGUUCUCAUUAUCCAUCCUGUCACUUUUCUAGCAGAUGCGAUUGAUACAAUGUUAUGGUCCUUGAAGGUGAGAUCCUCCGACAUGAUCACUCCCAGGUCUUUGACGUUGGUGUUUCGCUCUAUUUUGUGGCCAGAAUUUGUUUUGUACUCUGAUGAAGAUUUAAUUUCCUCAUGUUUACCAUAUCUGAGUAAUUGAAAUUUCUCAUCGUUGAACUUCAUAUUGUUUUCUGCAGCCCACUGAAAGAUUUGGUUGAUGUCCGCCUGGAGCUUUGCAGUGUCUGCAAUAUAAGACACUGUCAUGCAGAUUCGGGUGUCAUCUGCAAAGGAAGACACGGUGCUGUGGCUGACAUCCUCGUCUAUGUCGGAUAUGAGGAUGAGGAACAAGAUAAUAAUGAUAAUAAAAAUAAA